CUGGACGAUCAGACCAAAAGUUAGAAGAGCCUGUCAGUGGAAGAACCACGAGAAGCGGAACCUACUAAACUACCACCAUUUAUCGUUUUGUUUGAAAGAGUUUAAAUCUACAGCAUCACUUCUUGAGCUAAUCAGUGGCUAUAGUGUGAUCCUUGGUGAUCUGGUUGAGCAUGGAGAAAUGGAUGUACAUUUUGUUGUGUUGUGUGGCGACGGUCCCACCGACAUCUUCCAACGGCAAGUUCUUCGUUGGUUUCCUGGGUUACAAGAACAACGGAAACCUGGGGUAUGACGGAGAAUGUUGUGACGGAGAGAGAGACAGUGCUGGACAUUGCAUGGAAACAUGCGACCUAAUCUUCCAAGUGUCCGUGUAUGGACUGGACAGAGGUAACAUCACCAACAAGCGGCCAUCCAGGCGCCCCAUCAACGACACCAACUCCUUCAUGUUCUCCGAUGAAUAUAAACACGCCAUCAACCCGAUCUCCUUUGACUUCAAGAAGUGGCCAGUACGUGUGUUGUGUUUGUCAGAUGUUGCCCCCGCCUUUAAUCCAGGGCAUUAUAUCUCCACUCGGUUAGGAUAA